AUUCAGAAAAAGGAAAAAUAAAAGCAACGCACGAGCCCGCCGACCGGGCACUGUGGGGCUGGGCUGGAGCAGAGGUAGCCACGGGGUAGUUUCUCUUUCUCUCUUACCUAUCUAAUGUCCGUGCUGGAAGGGGACGGUUCCGAGCUCUAGUCCUCAUGCUGGGAUGGCAGAAGAUAAACCUGAUGCUAAGAGCCCCAAGACUGGGGCAAGGCCCCAAGCUGGUGCUGAGGCUGGGGAACCUACUACCCUUCUCCAAAGGCUCCGAGGUACCAUUUCCAAGGCCGUGCAGAACAAAGUAGAGGGAAUUCUGCAAGAAGUACAGAAGUUCUCAGACAACGACAAGCUGUACCUCUACCUUCAGCUCCCUUCGGGGCCUAGCAUUGGAGAGAAGAGCUCAGAGCCAAGUAUACUCAGCAAUGAGGAAUAUAUGUAUGCCUAUAGGUGGAUCCGCAACCACCUGGAAGAGCACAUGGACACCUGUCUGCCGAAGCAGAGCGUCUAUGAUGCCUAUCGAAAGUACUGCGAGAGCCUUGCCUGUUGCCGUCCACUCAGCACAGCCAACUUUGGUAAAAUCAUCAGAGAGAUCUUCCCUGACAUCAAGGCCCGAAGACUUGGUGGUCGGGGCCAGUCCAAAUAUUGCUACAGUGGCAUACGAAGGAAGACCUUGGUAUCUAUGCCACCAUUGCCUGGACUUGACUUGAAGGGUUCUGAAAGUCCAGAAAUGGGCCCAGAAGUAAGCCCAGCACCUCGGGAUGAACUGGUAGAAGCAGCCUGCGCCCUGACUUGUGACUGGGCAGAGCGGAUCCUGAAGCGGUCCUUCAGUUCCAUUGUGCAGGUCGCCCGGUACCUCCUGCAGCAGCAUCUCAUCUCUGCACGAUCGGCACAUGCUCAUGUGCUUAAGGCAGGGGGGCUUGCUGAAGAGGAUGAAAGAGCCCCUCGAGAACGGUCGUCAUGUAAGUCCAAGAAUGGUGUUGAGAACCUGGAAGGUGGAGGCCCUAAGAAACCAGAGAGACCGGCCCAGCCUCCUAAAGAGCUAGAAGCCCGAGCUGGGACUGACCCUCCAGGGCGUGCAGAACGGAAGAAGAGUGUAAUUGACAGCUCAGUUCCAGCAGCCAGUAAGCCACAAGUUAAUGCCCUUGUGGCCCGACUGCCUGUGCUCCUCCCGAGAGCACCACGAUCACUCAUCACACCCAUUUCAGGCACUCUGAAAGUAGCCACGCUGCCUCUGCCCACUAGGGUUGGAGGACCCCAGGCAGCUGUGCCCAUCAUUAACAUGAUCUUACCGCCUGUUCCUGCUUUGUCAGGUGCUGGGCCUGGGCCUGGCCUUGGGCCUAGGUUUGGGCCAGGGCCAGGGCCUGGGCUUGGGGCUGGACCUAGGGUUGGGCCUGGGCCUGGACUUGGGGCUGGGGUCGGGCCAGUGCCUGGGCUUGGGGCUGGGCUAGGGCUUGGGCCUGGGAGAGUUCCACCUAGAGCACCUAUUCUGCCUCGUGGUACAGAGAACAGGGAGGUAGGCAUAAGUGGUGACCCAAAACCCCAUGACAAGGGUGUCAAAAGGACAGCUGAAGUGCCUCUGAGUGAGGCCAGUGGGCAGGACCCACCAGUUAAAGAAAUGAAACACGAAACAGAGGAUACAGUAAGUGAAGCGAAAAGGAAGCGGGGACGCCCUCGAAAAAAGCCAGGGGGGAGUGGGGAGAGAAACGCUACUCUGGAGAAGUCUGCAGCUGCUGUGAACUCUCCCCGAUCCCCAAGGUCACUCUGGGAGACAUGGAGCUCAAAAAGAGAAAACAACUUAGUUGGGAGACCAGAGAGACCAGGGCCAGUGGGUGAAGCUGAGCAGGAAACAGUGCUUGCUCAAGGGCAGGAAGAUGGUGCUGUCUCAAAAGGAGAAAGAAGCUUGAGUUCCCAGGAAGCCAUAGAAGCAGAAGAUAAAAUUCCUCCUUUCACCUCAAAAGUGAGUGUUAUCAAAGGCAGAAUUCAAAAGGAACCUCUUCAGUUGGUAAAGGGAGAAGCUGAUGCUGCGACACAGGGCAACAAAGGGUUAAAGGGGCGUGUACUUCAAAGUUCCCUAACCCAUGAGCAUAAAGACCCCAAAGCAACACCUCCAUGAUACACAGAUAGGUCUGUGAGGAAAGAGUGGCCAUGUUCAUGUGAGCUCUACCUACCUGUCUGGUAGAGGUCCUUCACUGCGCCUGCCUUUCCUCCAGCUAGUCUUUCCCCCAGGGAACCCAUUGGCCUGGCUUGCAUUGUGCUUCAUGGCUGCUUCAGGCCUUUCUAGCUCAGUACUGCAGCUUUAAUACAAACAGUAAAUCUGCAAUGACUUCCCACCUACAUCCCUGCGCUCUCCUGGGGGAUAGGGUAAGUGUGAAUGUAGGUUAGGGAUGUCCUGGCUUCUAAUCAUUGGGAACUUAACUCAAAACUCACUAAAGAUAAAAGCAAUGUAUCCGCUGAUGAAGUUGCACAGUCAAGAGGCAGUCCUGGCUCUAGGUGAGGCUUGAUCUGAUUGCACACUGUGUUUUUCUGCUUCACAUAAUGUAAAAGCAUCCUUAAUUUGGACCACUUCACAGUUGCCAACACUCCCAGGCUUCUGUUUGACCAUUUUAUCUAAGCAGAAAGAAAGGGUAUCAUUGUGCCAGGAAUCCUAGCAAAAGCCCAAAGAUUUGCCAUGAUUAACCAGCCUAUGUCAGGUCCAUCCUUGACCAAUUAGUGUGGCCAGAAAGAUGUUUAUGCAAAUGUGUUUCUAUACAUCACGGACCACCUUUGGGGAAAGGGUGCAAUCAGCCUUCUUACAAUCCCAGGUUCCCCAGAUGGAGACCUGGGAGGACGAUGGGAGAGUCACUGGGGAGCAGCUAACGAUGACUUGGUGUGUUUUAGCUUGCUAAGCUGGGGUGAGCUGUACUGCUGCCUUUCCCCUGAAACUUGCCUCAGCUGUAACUUCUUAUCUCAUUGUAGUCUGGGAAGGAUAGAGAAGGAAGCCAUUCUCUUUAGUCUCUUAAUUCUUACAGGACAGCUUUCCCACCUGUCUCCCAGAACAAGCUCCUUUUAGGGUCUGAAUCUUAUUUUCUCCGAAGCCCUGUUUCCUACCUCCCAAUCUAGUACCACCUUCUCAGAGGACAUACAUGCCCCGUGCGCCCCCGCCCCACCCCCGCCAGUCAUGUCAUUACAUUCAUUGUGUAUCCACCAGAUGUCAUGCUCUUGUCAUACAUGUGUCAGGACCUAGCCAGGACUGUGGGGUUAGGUUGAAUUAACAGAGGAGGUGUUACUGAUGCUGCAAGUCAGGGAGCACCAGCAGGAAGGAUGCAGACACUCCAGAUGUAUCCUUGGGAACAACAGGAAACCAGCCCAUAUUAAUCGAGGACUUACUCUGUCCUCCCCACAGGAUAGCUUCUUGUCAGGGAAUCUUGGUUUUAUUCCCAAGAAGUAGAUUUUCUUUCAGGGAGAUAUCACCCAUUAGUCCAUUUAUUUCCAUGAGAGCAAAUUUUUUUUUAAAAUUAUAAUAUUUGAUAUCUAUAAAGAAAUAUGUACUAUAAAUUAUGAAAUGCAAUGAGUAUCUAUGACCCAUCAUUCAAUUUAUACAUUAAAUGUAUUAGGUUUUUGCCCCCUUGCCUGGCCUCUUUAAUUUUAUGCUCAUUAAUCACUUGUUUAUAUAUAUUGGCCAUGUGUGUAUAUAUUCUUUAAGAAUGUAUUAUUUUAUAUUGCUUGUAUUUUUAGCUUUACAAAAAUGUUGUACUAUGUUCCUUGAGGUUUGCUUUUUUGCACUUCAUCAUUGUUCCUGAGACUCCUCUGUUGUGAUUGCUAUGACUUGUUCAUUUCAUCUGUGUAAUCUCCAGCAGGCAGCUUCCUCAGCCACUCACCUGUGAAUGACAUCUGGGCUGUUUGCAGGCUUUUGUUAUUAUACACAGUGCUGCUAUGAACAUUCUUGUAUAUGAGUGCCUUUGUUUUUAGUAAGAUUUCUAAAGAGGUUUCUAAAGAUGGUCCUGGAUGGUCCUUUUGGUCUGUGUACCCUCUGAGCUGGGGACUAUUGCCUCUUGUCUUACUUUAUUGAAGAGUUUACAUCAUAUAGAAAUGAACUGCUCUUGAAUGUUUGAUAAAAACUCACCUAUAAAGCCAUCUGAGCCUUA